UGGAAAUAAAAAAAUUGAUGAUUUAAAUAAAAAAGAAUUAAUUAUGUGCCAUAUCACAGGAAUAUUGCUUGCAAUACAAUCAAUGGCACUUUUUUCCAUAGUAUUCGCCUUAUCGAUUGAGCUUUAUGUAAUGUUUAGGAUUAAGAGUAGAGCCAUUAGAGAUAGUUGGAUAUUGAAAUUUAUCAUUCUUUUUUUCUGUUGUUUUCAACCUACCCUUUGUAUCUUAUUAAAUAUAAUCCUAAUGUUAAUUGAUAAAAUUCCAAUUGUAGAUAUAAUAGAUGGUGGAUGGUGUAAUGUUCAAUGGGCAGGGAACAUUUGGGGAGUAGUUUUUGUAAGAGUUCUCCCUUUUUUGUUUAUUUCAAUUCCUGGAUCUUUGAUAGCAUGUGCUGCAAUAAUCCCAUCUGUGAUAAUGGCAAUUAAAGCUCAACGUAAACAUCGAGAAUCUUUCAGUCAAACAGAAACGAAUCCAACGAUGACAUCCCGCUCCAGAGAGGUUUCAAGUGAUGCUAUAGUUCGUCCAACAUCACCAACAUCACCAGUAACGGAAAGUUUACCAUCUGAUUUACCAUCAACAUCUCAAAGUUCUAACAAGAUACCCAAUGAAGCCAUAACACGAAUGGCAUUAUAUUGUAUUUUAUAUACAUUAUUAGGUAUUCCAUAUAGUAUAUAUUCUCUGGUAAAAUAUUUUAAGUAUUGGAAUAAACCAAUUGAUUUGAAUGAAAUAACAUUCUGUAAUUAUCUAUCAGUUGGAAUUGGUAUGACAACAUUAACAAUAAUAUUUUUCAUAUUUGCAACUAAUGGUUCAUCAAUUAAGCAAUAUAAGGAAGCAUAUGUUUGGUGGAAAUUUAGUUGUUUUUCACCAGUCUAUGAUUUCAUUACAGGGCGAAAUAAUGAUUCAAUUCAUGUUAAUAUAGUAAGAAAUGUAGGAUCAAAUUCAGAAAAGGAACCUAGAGAUAGUGUAUCUAUUUCUAUAAGAACAUUUAUAACAGAAGGAAAUACGAAUUUACCAAAUGAAAUGCAAGAGGAACUUCCAUCUACAGUAUCAAGUAAAAAUAGUAUAACUUCAAAAACUAAGAAAAGGUGGUCAAUUAUUGCAGCUUCAAGAGAAAGUUUAAUAGAAGCAGAAAAAGUAAAGAAAGUAUCAAAUGAAAAUACAGUAUCGUCUGUUAAAGAUGAAAAUUCAUCAUUAUUUAAUCAAAAACCAAAUAGAAAUAAUUUAUCAAUGUCCUCAUCAUCAACUUAUUCAUCAACUACCGCUACAGCGAUUACAGCGAUUACAGCGAUAGAUUCUUCAGAACCUUUACCACAACAAAAUAAUGUUAUAUCAAGUUUAUCAAAUAAAUCAGCUGUUCCAAUAUUGGGAGGACUUUCACCCGCACCAAGAAGAACUCCCCCACUUUCUAGCCCUUUAAGAGAUUAUAAUGAUAAUAACAAAGAUAAUGAAACAGUUUCAUCAACAUCAUCAAUUAAACGAUCGUCAUCACCGUCAUCACCACAAUCACCACAAUCACCACUAAUACGAAAUAAUUCAAUUAUACCACGUCAAUCAGCAUCGGCUCCAACAUCACCAAUUUCAACCUCACGACCAAAUAGCAUGAGAAUAUCAGAUCGGUAUAAUUCACCACGUAGAUUUACAUCCCCAUUACGAAGACCUUCAUCACCGAUAGUAUCAUCAUCAUCAACAAGCUAUAAUAGUCAAGAAACACGUACAACGAAUACAACAUAUGAAGAUAUGCGAGAAUUUGAAGAUGAUGAAAUCGAACCUUUUCCGUCAUUGUUAAAAAUAGGGAAACCUUUUAAUGAUGAGAAAGGAAUAUGGAGACCAGCAAGUACAUCAUCAUUCUCCACAAGAUCUAGAAUGAGUGCAUAUCAUGCAAAUAAUAUAUGGAAUAGACCGAAUAUCGAAACCAUGAAUAGAUUAUCAUCAUCACCAACAUCCCCAACCGCGUCAGGAAAUCUAUUCAGAAAUAAUCUUUCAAUAGUAAAUAAUGAUAUUAAUGGAAGCAGUAGUAAUGGAAAUGAGAAAAACAAAUAAGUAUAGAAAGAAUUAGUUAAUUUUACUUAAUUUGAUAGAGUGUUGCGGAAUUGGGUGUUUUAUUUAAAUUAAUUUAUUUUAUUUAGAAAUCAUCUUUUGAUGGAUGAUUU